UUCCUUUAUAAAUACACAAGCACCAGCACAACCCCCUCCUUAAACCAUACAAUACAAAGUGUACGUCUCUCAAACUCUAGACCAUAUCUCAAUUUCUCUCUCUGUUUGUGUGUCUUCCUAUCUCUCAUGGCUGAGGUCCAAAACGGCCAAGAUGUCCCGGGAAUUAAGCUAUUCGGGACAACGAUUACAUUGCAAAAUAGAUCACAAGUAAAAGAAGAACCCAAGAAAGCUGAUCAAACGGCGGAGAAGAGGCCAGAUAGGAUCAUACCAUGCCCAAGAUGCAAAAGCAUGGAGACUAAAUUUUGUUACUUCAAUAACUACAACGUUAACCAGCCAAGACACUUCUGCAAGGGCUGCCAGAGGUACUGGACAGCUGGCGGGGCUCUACGGAACGUGCCCGUGGGGGCCGGUCGACGGAAAACCAAGCCGCCGUGUCGAGGGCUGGCCGGAUUCCCAGAGGCUUGUAUAUACGAGGGUUCAGAGGUGGUGCACCAGUUUGAGUUGGAUGGGGUCAUGGAAGAGUGGCACAUGGCAGCGGCACAAGGCGGUUUUCGCCAAGUUUUUCCAGUGGUGAAGCGGCGGAGGAGCGGCUCAGGUGGUCAAACAUGCAGCUGAUGUUCUCAGAAAUUCUUUCACCAUAUCCAUAUAUUAUUAAUUUCAUUGAGAACCGAAUAUAAUGUGUAUUGUGUUGUUAGCUUAAUGGUAAUGAUGUAUAUACAAAUUGGUAGUAAUCAAUUAAUCCUUAUAUUUAUAUAAUAUGAAAUGAUAUU